AUGAACACUUCCGUGGAUCUGCGACGCGUUGCCUUGCGAAGACACGCUGCCACCAUACGAAGACGUCAGCGUCUCUUAUCCGCCAAUGAAAAGGGUGCCAUUGUAGAGUAUGAGCCUGUGACGUCCUGCACUGCCGCAGCACCGUCGAGGCGCAUUCCACUUCCACCUCGUCACGCCCUUACACGCCCUCGACUUCUUGAAUAUUAUAAAAUUGUUACUGGACGCGAGCCAUCUUUGAUGCGAUGUGAUACCAGAGAGGAGGAUUACAACUACAGCUGGUUUACUCCAGCAGGUAUUGAAGGAAGGAAGAGAAAAGAAAAAGGUGGGCGCCGAUUACAAGAGGCCUUGGUUGCUUCUAGAAUUUCACUGGAUGCCUUCGAAGAGGGUGUCAGAGGCGUUUUUGACUCCGGUCAUCUUUAUUCUCCAAUUUGCCGCUGGUUAAGACCAAACCACGAAGAUAAACUUAUCACUGAUGGUAGCAACACGAUGACAAACCGGUUUUUAGGAGAUGCAGAGAACGCGGACAGCACCAUUAUUUUUGUGCGGCCGCGGAAGGGGGAGCUUCCAACCGAAGCAAAAGUAAGCAGCGAUGAGUUGGUUCGCGUGGCACCCAAAGGCCGUGAGUGGGAUCGCCAACAUGCUCUCCGCCAUGGCAUUGGCCCGACAGCGCAGGAGGCAAUCAUUGACAGACGCAUCGAUUCGAGAUAUCGCCUUCCGGGUGACUAUGUGCGUCGAAAUAGACGAGGGGAGCUUGUGGAUGCACGUGGACGCCCGAUGCACGCAGCUGGAGCGAUUGCACGUAAAAACAGUGAAGCCGCUUUGUUUAGCGGAAUAUGA